UAAAAGACCUGCUCCAGCCUUGCCCAAACAUUUACUCAGACGGAUCUCCCCAGAAACACGGACUUGAGCUUCAAGCAUACUUGUGGAACUCGCCUGCAUUCAGACAUGGUGUCAGCGGGCUUGCAGAUGCUGGGCGCCGCCCUCUGCAUCAUCGGUUGGAUCGGGACCGUUGUCGUGUGUGCUCUGCCACAGUGGAAGGUGACAGCCUUCAUUGGCAGCAACAUCGUCACGGCUCAGACGUCCUGGGAGGGCAUCUGGAUGAGCUGCGUGAUGCAGAGCACGGGCCAGAUGCAGUGUAAGGUCUACGACUCUCUGCUGGCGCUGUCCCGCGACCUCCAGGCCGCUCGCGCUCUCAUCAUCAUCUCCAUCCUGCUGGGCGUCCUGGGAGUGCUGCUCUGCCUGGCGGGGGGCAAGUGUACCAACUGCGUGAAAGACGAGGGCUCCAAAGUCAAAAUCUGCGUGGCUUCUGGUGUGGUCUUCAUCUUGGCUGGCGUUUUGUGCCUCAUCCCCGUGUGCUGGACGGCAAACACCAUCAUCAGGGACUUCUACAACCCCCUGACCUCCGGCUCCCAGAAGAGGGAGCUGGGGGCCGCCCUCUUCAUCGGCUGGGGGGCCUCGGCCCUUCUCAUCAUAGGCGGCGCUCUCCUAUGCGCCAACUGCCCCCCCAAGGACAAGUACGCCGCCAAGUACUCAGCAAGCCAUGCGUCUGCACCCAAAGACUACAUCUGAGGAAGCUAGCAGAAGACGUUCGUGCUGAUCAAACAUUUCAGGACUUCCUGUUUCGUCGUUGCCAAGAUAACGAACCACAGACGCCAACUAAAACCGGCUUGUUGACUGGAAAGUGGCUGUCAUUUGUCAUUUCUUUUUUAUUGUUUACUUAUGUAUGCCUUUUUGUACUCCACUUACAUUCCUGUAAGCAUUAUUCUUGUAUUAUAUCGUUUUGUCAACACUUGUAAAUAAAACCAUUUGAU